AUGUGGCCUGCUAAUCAUCCAUGGUGGCAUCAAUCAGUAUCCGUCGAUGGAGGAGCUCGUGCUAUGCGUCCACUUCAAUUUCCAUCACAUCGACUACCUCAUCAUGUAGAUCUUCGUCGAUACAUGACACCAGUUGAAGACCAAGCUGAUAUGUCAACUUGUGCAGCUAAUGCGUUUGCUGGUGCUUGUGAAUAUAUUUAUAAUCGUCGUUUUCAUAAACAUAUUGAUGUAUCACGUUUAUUUAUUUAUUAUAAUGGACAAAUGAUUGAUCAACGAAGUCUUGAAGUAACUGAUGAUGGUGCAUCAAAACAGAAUACUGUUUUAGGUAUGCGUAAAUUUGGUAUAUGUGAAGAACGUUUAUGGCCAUAUGAUGAACGUUUACUUAAUAAAGAACCUCCACCCUAUGUUUAUGAAGCUGCAAGUCGUGUCACUGUCAUUCCACUAAAACUUCCAAGAAAUUUAGUUGCAAUGAAAACAUGUCUAGCAAAUGAAGUUCCAUUUUUAAUUGGAAUUAAAUUAUUAGAUUCUGCAACAUCUGAAGCAAAAAGAAAUAAUGGAUAUAUAUCAAUGCCUGAUCCAAAUAGUCUUACUGUUGCAUUAACUGGUACACAUGCUGUAUUAAUUGUUGGUUAUGAUGAUCGAACAAGACAUUUUCUUGUACGAAAUUCCUGGGGAAGAGAUUGGGGUAUCGAUGGUUAUUUUUAUAUUCCAUAUGAUUAUCUAUUAGAAAAACGUCUUAUUAAUUAUUUAGAUGGUUUAUGGGCUAUAACGGAUAUAAUACCACGUACAAAUUAUAAACCAACUGUUCGUAGAUUAGUUGUGCCGGGUCAUAAUUACGAUGAAAAACGUAUAAGAGAUCAUAGUCGAAAUAAAAUGAAUCAUUUACAAAAAAUGAUGAUGAUGAUGAUGAGAACACCAACGCGUCAUCAUCCUUUACAGCGUCGAUUAUCAAUGCCUACACUUAAAGGUAUUAAUGAUCAUUAUUGGUAUCGAUAA